AGCUUCGAUCGAUGAUAGAAAGGUUCCGUCGAUGCGUGAGACGGAGACGGCGAAGACGCGUCCGCCCAUGCCAACGCCGCCAUGGACAUCCUCAAGGGCAGAAAGCGCGCCCAGUCGACGAGCACGCUGCGCCCGCCGACCGACGCGCCAACCUCGCCAUCAUCAGGACUGUCCGCCUGGGUCCGGCGUGCACGAUCCAAGUCUCCCCAUCCGGCUAGCGCGUCCUCAUCGCCACGAACAGAGCCCGCACCGCUGCCAUCAGUCGCGGCGGUCACUGUCGCAUCCAAUACCACCACUGCGUCUACCCCCGAGUCGCCCAAGCCUCCACCGGCGACGACCGCGACCAUCGAGAACACGCCCAAGUCCAUUCCUUCCCCCGCCCUUGUUUCCCCCAGAGCACCCACCGUCACUGGCACCCCGCCAGGCCGCCCGCCGACUCACUGGUGGUCUCAGUCCCCCAUAGAGCGUACUCGCCGAGCCUGGGAUGAUGACCCCGACGCGGAGGAACGCUGGACGCGAACACGAGACCGCGUCGACGAUGCGCUGAGGCGCGUCCUUGACACUACAGCGAGCGUCACCCACGAAGGCCUCGCGAUCAGUGUGGAUCUUUUGCAACUCGUACCCUUCCCCGGGUUGGCGGAGGCAGCGAAGACACUUUUGUACAUCUGGGAUGGAGUGCAGUUGGUUGAUCUCAACCGCAUGCAAUGUCUUCGAAUUACUGAGCGCUGCGCCAACAUCCUUAUUUCCGUCCGCGACGAGGUCGUGGAAGCGACCCAGCACGACAAUGGCAUUCCUGCGGACCUCGAGUACCCUUUACGGCGACUCGUAGACGCAUUCGCUCAAAUCCAAGCGUUCUUGAACCAGCAGGCACAUAGGCCAUUCAUCAAGCGUUACCUCAAACGCGAUGAUAUCCUUCGCCAACUGCAAGGCUGCGAUGCGGCACUUCAAGACGCCGUCGAUGCCUUCGGGUGUUCUACACUGCAUAUAUGCGCGUUUUACCCACAUAUAUGCGCAUUUCUAUAAUCCCCCCUUUGAAUACCCCGGAAUUUUCCCCUGCGUCGUGUCUCUACCUCAGUCCACCCAGAAAUGCUGA